AUGAUCUGGAAUCUUGGGAGGAUGUUCAAAAAUGUUUAUCUGCAUGUUGGACACAGUGGAUGUGAAGAAUACACCGGCUUGACGACAUUCCACGGGAUGGUGAUUUCUUUUCAAAUUUUUUUAAAUUUUUUUGAAAUAUGUUUUGCUUGGGGAAGUUCAAAGUAUCUCUUUUUUUGAGUCAUAGUAGUGUAAAUUAAUUUUCAUGACUCUUACUGUUUGUUUUAUUUAUCUUCUGCCUGAUUGAUGUUUGAUAUCAGCACUUCUGAUAGCUCACGUAUCUCAAAAGAUUUAUCAGCGCUUUUUCAAUUUCUGAGGCUUGUUGGGCUCAGAUCAAAUUUCGAAUCAAGUCAGUAAAAUUGGGCGCUGCUUCAAAAAGUAUUCAUUUACUUUUUUUGUAGAUAAAAUUCAAUUAUCAGAAAAAAGUCAACUAGUGGUCUUAUACUAAAUAUUUCAGAUCCGAAUAUUCAAAUCGUCGACCUGGACUUCGUUAAUUUUUUGGUGUUUCGUUGUGGUUUCUUGUCUUGUUUUCUACAUGAUCUUUGUGAGUUUGGCUCGUAUACCCGACUGGUUUUAACUUUAUAUUUCCCGACAUUUCAUUGUCGUCCUGGUCGGGCUUUUUGAACUAUUCCAAACUUUUUUUCAUUGCCUGACGAGCAAAAAAAAAAAUAAGAAAAAUCUUAACUAUUUUUUUCGUUAUUAAUAAAAAAAUCCAAUUUUUUUCAGUGCGGUUAUAUGAUCACUAAUUAUGCUUACGCUGCUACUUUCCAACGGGUCAACUAUUCUACAAUCCAAUCCAGUGAAAUAAAAAUAUCGUUUCUGCUCAAACAAGAGGUUUCUUUGAAAAAAAUAAUUUCGUGAAAAAUUGACCAGGGCAUUCACUUCAGUAUUAUGUAGUUUUUUUUCAAUUCAAAUCAUUUUAUUCACAUUUUGAAACUUGAAAGUUGGCUCGGGGCGAUGCGGUUAUUCCAAAGUUUGAAUUUGUUUUCAUCACGUAUAAAAUAAUUGAGCCAUUUCAAGGAAUUUUUGACCGAUGUGAAUUGCGGAAAAGCGGAUUUAAAUGAUCAAUUCAGCUGAGUUUUUAGCACAUGCAGAAACUUUUUUCAGGUUUAACUGCGAGGAUCUUCUAUUCGCUUCAAAAGAACCAGUUUGUAGUAAUAUCUCAUCAUCAAAUUGCGUUCAAAUCUCGCCAAGUCAUUAUAAAUUUACCUUCUCUUCGAAACUCACAGGUGAUUUGUGUUUUCCUCGGAAAGAAAUAGGUUUUUUCAGGCUUUGACAUGUAUCUCGGUGACAAUGAUAGUGUAAUCGAGAUGAGCGCAGCAGCAGGAUUGCACAAACACGUCGUUCUGGAGACCACACAAGUGGGCAAGUGUGUAUCUCACCUGUUUUAUCACCUCUUUCUCUGAUAUUCCCAAAAAAAAAUGAUAUUCUUUGGAUUUUCUACACUUUUUGAAGAGAUCUUCCAGGUGAAGAGAUUGAAUUCAUCGCGGUCAAGGUGCAGUAACGGUUGGAAAGACCUUCCGUGGGGUGUUGAAAGUGAACUGCCAUAUUCUAUCCAUAAUUGCGAGAAACUGCGGCUCGUUCUAUUGAAAAAAGACACGAAGCAGUGUGAUUUUCUUAAUAUUUCUCCAUUUUAUGAAGGAUUCAAUCAAAGUUGUGUCAUCGAGAAACCGCCAAAUCUUCAGAAAAGUAAGUUUAAAUACUAAGAUUUUUCAUAAAGUUGCAAAAACACCAACUCAAUAUUUUUUUUUUAUCAAAAUUUCACAGCAUGUUUCUCCGACUUUCUCAUUUUCUAUUCUUAUUGGUGGAAAAACAGAGCUUUCUGAAAAAAAAACCUCAUGAUUCCAUUGGAGAACUCUCCAGUCUGAAUUCAAAAGCCAAAUUUCGCUGCUAUUCGCAAUUUUCAAAUCAUUGAGGCCAGUUCACUCUUUUUUUAAUCAACUGAAACAGUGAGUACAGGAAAAUUAGUCGAAAGUUGAAACCGAAGUUGAAAGUUCAUCAUAUUGCAGAUUAUCCCUGUUAUCCGGUAUGCAGAGAUUUUGUCGUUCGCGUUUCCAAAAGGGUAUCGAAAAGUUCGAGAGAGAAAACUAUGAGCCGAUUUACAAUAUACCACAGUCCCACGGUGAAACUCCUCGAAGAAACUCGCAAAAUGGGCAUCGUCGACGUUUUAUGUGAGCAUUAUUUUUCUUUUGAAGUUCGAAAUUCCGUUUUGUUAAAUAUCGAAAUUCUAUCAGACAUUAACUCAUUAAAAUUGAUGAAAACGCAUCUUUGAAGUUAAUUUUUUUUUUUUUUGAGAACAAUUACUAAAUUCCUGUUAAUCACCUGAGCUUGACUUUUUUCUCUUGAUUGUUAACGCUGAAAUUUUGAAGGCAUCAGCUGAAAUAUUUUUGCAGUCAGCGGGACAUUUUUCAAUACUUCACGAUAGAGUGCGCCAGACCUCAAACUACUUGCGCGACUUCCUAUCAAAAAGCAAUAUACUUUAGAACGGGGAUGAAAGGAUAAAAAUCGAUGAGGCAUUGGUCCAUAAAAAUAUUUUUUUAAUAUUGUCAUGAUAUUCCAAGCCAUAGUAACUGUAAUAUAGUUCAUUUCGUAUACUGAAGACUUUCAAAACAGAACGAAAAUAGCAAAAAAAUAACCAGAAUCCCCUGGUCAGCCAUAAAAUGGGCUGUGUGACUAGGAUUAAAAUUCCAAAACAAUACAGCGACGGAAAUCUAAAUGGACAGGUUACCUUGGUGGCGCGAGUUCGCUGUUCAUGGGAUGCAGUUGCAUCACUCUCAUGGAGAUGUUCAUUUUCCUCUUCAAGCUCGUCGCUCAGUCCGCCUGCUCCAAGAAAGAGAACUUUGUGAUAGAUGGUGAGAUUAAUUUCUCUUAUUGUCUUUUCCCAAAAGGAAUGUGUAAUCUCAGCUCAUCAGGACGGUUGAGUAGAGUCUGCUUGAAUAUCCAUGUUUCGAACCAUAAAAUUUGUUUCAGAUGACCUCUUGAUGAUUUAAGUUCUAGAUAAAAGGAUUGAUUAAGAAUUUUAAUUUUACAAUGAAGUUGAGCGACCCCGGAUGGUUCAUGAAAGGGAAUCCUCCGGGGUUUUUUGUCUCUCUCUAAUUUUCAAGACUCGAUAAAGCCAUAUUUCCCCAACUGUUUCUUGAUCUUCAAAGUUAAAUUCUUAUAAAAAAGAAAAAAAUCUUUGCAAAUAAUUUAAUAAUGCGAAAGAUCUAACAACAAUCCGUUGUUGAGAAGGAUUUCCCACGCAUUCUUUUUUUCCACAGAGAAUUAAGAAGCUUCCAACAUGCAGGAAGACUCGAUUUCAUCUCAAUUUUUGGUCUUUUCCUUAUUAUCAGAAGCUUGGAUAAUUUCUUUCGAAAAUUUUAGUUCCUCUUCAUACCUGUAUGUACAGAGUUCACGUGUUUAAAAUGUGUAUUUAUGAGUCAUCAGAUCGUACUGAGGGAACCUCAGUGAGAACCGGUUCGUAGUUCUCUGUUCCAGAUCAAGAUUAAGCUCUGAAAUAUUGCAGACAAAUCGAUCGAAGCCCCGAAGCCGAUGCCAGAAGUGUUGACGAUCAAUACAAAACUAUCUACAUCGCCAUCAGAACCGCCGCGUCGUCCGUCCGUCCACCAACACAGUUUGUUUUUGCCCUCAAAUUGUUCUUCCUGGUUGAUUUAUAUGUCCUCCAAACCUUUGUCCUCUUCAUUAAAACGGGUUUUGAAUUCAAUUUUUCCCUCGAAUAAUGCGUCCGAUGAUGACCAAGUAAAUUAGACAUCACAGAUUGGGUGCAUUUUUAUAGUGCUUCAAGAGUUAGAUGCUGAGAGCCAAAAGGAAAGAGCAGGAACGAUAGUUGCAAAAUUGCUUUUUUAUCUGAUUUUACUUGUCGAGCUGUGGAUCCUAAAAAAAAAUUAUCCUGUCCUCGUUGCCCACUCGUAAUUAGAACUUGAUUCUAUUUUUCAUCACAGUUCAUUUCUCUCAAAAGUUGAAACUUGAUCUUAUAUGUUGCCUCCAUUUUUUUCAGUCUCCUUAUUAAUUGUCGGAAACUCAGGAACUCGUUCCGUAGAAGCCAAGUUUGGCGCUUCUACAAGUGACAUGGCCGUGGAAGCCAGUACAGCUGCCGCAAACAAAAGAGUCUCAGUUCAAUGUGAUAGGUUGGUUUUGAUCAAUGAAAACUUUCCGAUUUUUUCAAGUUUUGAAAUUACAUAUUUAUAUAUGGGUUUGUUGAAUUUAGGAGAAUCAGAACCUUGUAAAGUUUCAAAUUAUUAUUCCUCGUCUCCACACAGUGAAAAUUCAGAAAUUUACUUUGAUAAAGUGAUCAAAAACCCAAAAAGUUAAACCAAAGUCGUUUUUGUGUUCCAGCGAAAUCUCAAAAUUUCAUAGCUAUCGCUGAGCAAAUGCACAAUGAUCUGACUUAUUGUCAGAACAACUCCUUUUUUUUCGAUUUUAUUCUUUUGAUAGCUUUCGUUUCACAGUUUGAACAAGAAGCUGAUUGCAAGUGAAGAUGAUGAGGACUUGUACUAUUCUGCGAGAGUGAGAAGGCCACCUCGGCUUGGGCAAACACGGCAGAGGUGGGUUGAUGGUCCAGUGUAAGUAAAAAUUGGGAUAAUCAAUUUAAAACUCAAUUUCAAUCGAAAGAAAGUAAUUUCUGAAAGCCAUUAAUGGCAAGUGAGAUAUUUUAUUAGGUAACCAUUUGAAAAAUUAUGACGAGUUAACCUGGGUUGAGUGAUAACCAUACAAAACGACUAAAAACCGUGAAACUUCUUUUAGCUUUGACCUGGCAAAACUUGAAUUCACGUUUCAAUUGAUUGCAUCUAACUAACACCAACAACAAGCGAUUCAACAAAAUUUAACGAAGUUUUGUUAUUUCACUUUCUAUAGUCUCAUAUCCAAAUAAAUUUGCUAUUUAUCGCCUAAAAUUAACCAUAAAGUAUAAUUUAAUCAAGAUCUUUCUAUUUUUGAAAUCUUAUAAACUGUUUUUCAGCCCUCACUUCAAUGUCCUUGAUUCUCAUGAAAUCGGUAAGAUUUUGUUUCUUUUUUCAGUAAAUAGUUUCCGUUCUUUUCAGAGCGGUCUGCUCGAAACUUGCCAUUGGAACUCCGAUUAUCAGUUGAUCAUCAGAAUCGGCAUCGUUAUAUGUGCCGACAAUCGGCAAUUGAAAUCGACGAUGAAGACUUGGACAAGGUGAUUGGUUGAACUUUUCAAGACUUUAUUCGGUUCGGAAAAAGAAUUUGUAAUUUUGGUCCAGCGCUUUAAAAGUUUUUCUCAGGUACUUUCUUUUUAAAAAAAAAACUCCUAUUUUUCGAAAAAAAAUCAAAGCCUCUCGACUGUUUAAAACUCUGCUGAUUUCAGUACCUUGGUUAUGAAAGUGAAGGAGCUGUCAAAUUCGACAGGUUUCAUCAGACUAGAAGAGGAGGUUCAUUUCAUUUUAUUGCUCUCAAAUCAAAAGAAGAACUUUUCUCAGUCCGCCGGUUAUCGAGUGUCACUUCAAGAAGCUCAACCUCAAGCCAUCAUGUACAAAUAA